AGGUCAGAGCAGAGGAAGAGGAAGGAGGCAGAGGGAGACACAGGGGUGGGGUGGAUGUACAGGAACAUGCCGACAGGAGAGCGUGCCGACCAGCGAUGACAGCCAUGCUGAGCCCAAAGAUCCGACAGACCAGGAGAGCCCGGUCCAAGAGCAUGGUGAUGGGCGAGGUGUCCCGCGGCUCGUGCCGGCCCGGCUCCCCCAGCCUGCAGGAGGGGGCGCUGAAGGCCGGCUGGCUGAAGAAGCAGCGCAGCAUCAUGAAGAACUGGCAGCUCCGCUGGUUCGUGCUGCGCUCCGACCAGCUCUACUUCUACAAAGACGAGGAAGAAACCAAACCGCAGGGCUGCAUACCUUUACAAGGAUGUCAAGUCAACGAGCUAACGGCCAAUCCAGACGAGCCGGGGAGGCAUCUCUUCGAGAUCGUACCUGGCGGCACGGGGGAGAAGGACCGGGCCCCCAUCAGCCAUGAGUCCUUCCUGCUCAUGGCGAACUCCCAGACCGACAUGGACGACUGGGUCAAGGCCAUCCGGCGGGUCAUCUGGGCGCCGUUUGGAGGAGGGAUAUUUGGUCAACGCUUAGAGGACACGGUGCAGUAUGAGAAGAAGUUCGGCCCCCGGCUGGCGCCCCUGCUGGUGGAGCAAUGCGUGGACUUCAUCAGGGAGAGGGGUCUGGACGAAGAGGGUCUCUUUCGGAUGCCGGGACAGGCCAACCUGGUCAAAGAGCUGCAGGAAGCCUUCGACUGUGGGGACAAGCCUCUGUUUGACAGCAACACAGACGUCCACACGGUGGCGUCCUUGCUGAAGCUGUACCUGCGGGAGCUUCCUGAACCAGUCAUCCCCUUCUCCAAAUAUGAAGACUUUCUAACCUGUGCACAGCUGUUGGCCAAAGACGAGGAGGAGGGGGUCCAGGAGCUCGGAAAGCAAGUCAGCACUCUACCUCUAGCCAACUACAACCUCCUCAAGUACAUAUGCAAAUUUCUUGAUGAAGUACAGUCCCACUGUAACGAGAACAAGAUGAGCGUCCAGAAUCUCGCCACAGUGUUUGGACCAAAUAUCCUUCGACCCAAGAUGGAGGACCCAGUCACUAUUAUGGAAGGAACGUCUCUGGUGCAGCAUCUGAUGACAGUCCUCAUUCGGGAACACAACCGUUUGUACUCAGGGAGGGAGCAGGAAGCUCCCACUCCACCCCAGACCGAGCCCCCAGCCCAGGGGCAUCAGCUCCAGCACCGCAGCCUGGGGGCCUGGAUCUCUGAGGAGGACCUCCAGAACUGCCCCAUCUCCAACCCCGAUCACGAACUGCACAGCAGCGCCUCCUCCCUGGAUGCCAAACUGUGCGCGGCCGUCACUCCCACCCAGACCCCCAACCCAAACCCAGGACCAAAACUGGGGUCUUCGUCAGGGAAAGGAGACACGGUGGUUAGCCCCAGUAAACAAGCCAAGACCAUACCUUCUUGGAAGUACUCCUUCAAAAGCUCCUCGGCGCCUCGUUCCCAGCCGCAGGCGAAGCCGAGCAGCAGUGGCAGCUCUGUGGCUGAAACGACCAGCGUGUCCUCGGGCGGCGGUGGAGGUGGAAGCAGUGGAAACUGGCUCAUGAACGGUUUGUCGUCCCUGAGGGGACACAGGCGAACGUCUUCCGGCGAGCGCUCGACCCGGGAUCGCGACUCCACCGGCUCCUCGCAGAGACUUUCCACCUACGACAACGUCACGUCCUCCUCCAGCACGGGCAGCGUCCCGAGUGUGUCCAGCACGCCGUGGUCCACGUCCUCCUGCGAAAUCUCCGUCCCCGACUCCGGGAGCGAGCUCCACCCAAACUGUGGAGGUGUUCCAGACGGCGGCGAAAAGGGAGAGUGGAUGGAAGGCCAGAGGGAGGGUGACAGAGGGCGAGACGGCGGGCUGACGACGGACCCCAGCUCGGAGCAGGACAGCUGCGAGGCCAUGGAGCUGUGCAGCAGCAGCGCAGCCUGCAGCGAGAAUGGAAACAUGGCCGCCGCGGCAGGGGUGCCAUCCAUUAUCAUGACCGAAGACGGAGACGAAACAAGUCCGACGCUGAGCAGUCUGGUGGAGGGGCUCAAGGACGAGCUGAAGAAACAGAAGGCCACGUACGAAGGCAGGAUCCAAAAACUGGAGGAGUCCAGCGCCGCGCUGUGCGCUCAGAUGGAGCGCCUGGAGCAAGAGAUGGAGCAGGAGAGGAAGAAGCAGCGCAUGUUGGAGAUCAAGCUACGAAACUCGGAGCGAGCGCGGGAGGACGCCGAGAACCGCAACCGGCUCCUGGAGAAGGAGAUGGAGGAUUUCUUUUCCACACUGGGGGACCUGGCUCUCGGAGCGAGGACAAGCGACAUUUGACGAGCCGCUUCUCGUCCGUGUGGGACCAAUAUUGUGGCUGUUUAGGUUUGUUUUUUUAAUGUAUUUCCACGCAUUUCUAGGUUUGAUUUUAAGGGCUCACGUCCUUCUCGGUGCAUCAGGAAGUUGCUUUAAAAGAAGACUGAAAGAAGAAAAUGAAGGAACCCUAUUUGUGCACAUAUAAGAGAAACUUGAAGAAAACUGAAACGUGGGAAUGUGAGAAAAAUCUGGAAAGACUGACUGCGUG